CUUCCAUAUCCAUCAUGUACAAGUUAUCUAUUUUGGCAAUCCUAUUCACAGCUUCUGUGGCCCUUUCCUGCGACAAAGCUUGCAGUUUCGUUUCAGAGGCCAAUGGCCAAUGCACUUUUUCAUGCGUAUCGGCCUGUCAUCAGCCCGCACCUCACCACAGAAAUGCGUUCUUGAGCGGCCUUGCUCAGAAGGGUCAUAACUGCAGAGCAAGCGGCAUCACUUCCGUCACUUGCCCAGCGCAAGCUAGUCUAGGAAACUGCCGAGCUACAAGUUGGACUUGUGGUCGUGGCUGCUAAAAAUGGCUCCAGUUAGGAAAGCAAGGAUACAAGUCACGCAAAGCCAUCAAGCUAAUGCAUUAACCUAAGAAGACAAUAGUUAAUGAAUUUUUACGAAGAAAUUGGGAACCUCUAUCUCUACAUCGAUUCCGUUACAAUUUAUAUAAAAACUUCGGUAUAGAUGCAUCCAAUGUUAAAGCUAGGAUCAUACCAAAUUUCAAUCGUCCCAAUGUCCUAUAU